GGUUUAAUUUCAUAUCAAACCUACACUUGUAAAUUGCCUACAAAAAGGCUAAUUUUUCCUCCAAACUUUUCCUUGGCCUUUUCCACUUUCAUGCACCUAACAAAACGUAAUAAAAUAAACCUCUUUCUUCCUUCUUUCUUCUUCUUCACCAUUCUUCACUUUCAAGAAACACAAUAAAUCAAAAUCUUGAAACACAGAUCAAAAUUAUCUCACCAUGGCCACUCUCAAAUUGUUCUAUUUCACUAUAUUUAUAAUCGCCACUCUUUCAAUGGUAAGUUCAAGAAAUCUCGACGAACUUACACCCGACCCUGAUUUGCAGAACAAGUGCGGCAGCUGCCCCUGCAACAACCCUUGUGCUAACCCACCGCCAUCUCCGCCGCCGCCGUCGCUACCACCUCCGCCGCCUCCCCCAGCUCCAAAGAAGCCGCCGCCAAGUGGUAUUAACUGCCCGCCUCCCCCUUACGGCGGCGGCGGUGGUGGUCAGUACCCGCCGAACCCACCUUACAUAUACAUAAACGGGCCGCCUGGAAAUCUGUACCCGGUUGACCCGUUCUAUUCGGGUUCGGGCCGGAGCUUCGAUUCCGCGGGUUUGAUGUUGAUCGGCGGUGCUCUUCUUCUCAGAUGGUUCAUACCUUUCUGGUAAAAAAUAAAAGAAUAAUAAUAAAAAAAUAUAUUAUGUGAAAAUUAAGAAUCCCACGAAUUGGGGUUACGAGAAAUCAAUUUAUCAUUCAUGUAAUUACAAUUUAGUUUGUUAAUUGACAUUAAUGAAGAAUAAUAGUUUUUCAUUUUGUAAUUUACUUUUGUUAAUUUAGUUUUUCUUUUUUCAUUCA